GCAGUAAGUCUGGUGAAUACGAGGAGGUGCGAGAGCGGCCUUUCACCAAAUUAUUGAGCAACGGUUCGCUGCUACUGCAACACGUUAAAGAGGAUCGUGAAGGCUUCUACCUUUGUCAAGCGAACAAUGGCAUUGGAACUGGCAUCGGAAAAGUUAUACAGCUAAAAGUAAAUUCUUCGCCGUACUUUUCAUCCACUUCACGCUCGGUAACGGUGAAAAAAGGUGACACAGCGCUUUUGCAAUGCUCUGUCAGCGGUGACAAACCGAUUAAUAUCGUUUGGAUGCGUUCGGGCAAAAAUACGUUGAAUCCAUCAACAAAUUACAAAAUUUCGGUGAAGCAAGAGGCCACACCUGAUGGUGUUUCUGCCGAAUUGCAAAUACGCAUGGUGGAUGCCAGCGAUAGUGGCCCGUACUUUUGUCGUGCGAGCAAUCUCUAUGGCAAUGAUCAGCAAUUGGUGCAGCUGCAGGUGCAGGAGCCACCACAACCGCCCACCGUUUUGGAGGCGGCUAUGAUUUCUAGUCGUUCGGUGAAUUUGAAAUGGCAACCGAAAACAAUGAACACAGCGGAUAUCUCAAAAUACAUUGUGGAAUUUAAGGAAAUCGACCCACUCUUCAUCGAGCAGUGGCAACAAGUAGAGGUCAAAGAUCCACCAACGUACACAACGUUAAUUGAAAAUCUUAAGCCAGCAACACGUUAUUCCUUUCGCGUAAUAGCCGAAGGCACUGCCGGCCGCAGCGCACCGAGUCAAGAGUUAGUGGUGCGCACCGAACCACAACGUCCCGCCGGACCGCCGCUCAAUCUCUCAGUACGUCCAUUGUCUUCCACCGAGUUACUAGUCAGCUGGUUGGCACCGCUCGUAGAAUUGCGUCACGGCGACAUACAAGGCUACAAUGUUGGCUACAAAUUGGCCAGCUCGGGUAACUCGGCAUACAAUUUUACCUCAGUGUCCGGUGAUGGGGAUGGUGGCACCGGCGAACUCUUGCUAAGCGGCUUACAGAAAUUCGCGCGAUACAAUGUUGUUGCGCAGGCCUUCAAUCAGGUGGGACCCGGUCCACUCUCUGAGCCGGUUUCGGCGCAAACAAUGGAAGACGUGCCAAGUCGACCGCCGGAGGAUAUACGUUGUGCCGCAUUGACCUCACAAUCGCUGCAAGUUUCGUGGCAGCCGCCGCCAAUCUACCAUACCAAUGGUCUCUUGCAGGGUUACAAAUUAAUUUUCGAGCCUAUUCUGGACGACUUUUCCCUCAACAAAGACGAAGUUGAAUCACGCAAGACAACUGCCCUAACCACAGUGCUGACGGGAUUACGCAAGUACACCAACUACAGCAUACAAGUGCUGGCACACACACGCAUGGGUGAUGGCGCGCUAUCCAACCCACUCUACUGCCACACCGAGGAGGAUGCGCCCGAAGCGCCGGCUGACAUCAAAGUGGUCGUUAGCUCACCGCAAUCUUUGUCUGUCUCAUGGUUGCCACCUACGGAACCGAAUGGGGUCAUCACAAAAUAUAAUCUAUAUACGCGCGUCGUAAACGGGCGAGAAGAACUGAAUAAUGAAAAACGUAGUUUGCCGUCACAGCAGGCGCAUUACGAGGCGAAAAAUCUGCAUCCUCACAUGGAGUACCAGUACUGGGUGACCGCCUCCACGCGUGUUGGUGAAGGCAAAAGCUCGCGUGUCGCCUCACAGAUUACAACCAAUCGUGUGCCCGCACGCAUUGUCUCCUUUGGUGGUCCGAUAGUGCGGCCAUGGCGUUCAACUGUUACGUUGCCGUGCACGGCAGUUGGCAAACCGAAACGUGAAUGGUACAAGGCGGAUUCACUGCUGCGACAAGGCGGCCUACACAAUUCUCAGCUACUUGAUUCAGGCGACUUGAUUAUCUCGAGUUUACAGAUUUCGGAUAGUGGCAACUACAGUUGUCAGGUGGACAACGGCAUUGGCACGGAUCGGCUGACGCACGUACUAUUGGUGCAAGUGCCACCUUCGGCGCCGGUGCUGUAUGUGACUAGCGCUACUUCGAGCAGUAUUCUGAUGCACUGGAAAUGCGGAUUCACUGGUAAUGCACCAAUCACUGGCUAUACGCUCUUCUAUCGACGCGCUAACAGUAAUAUGGAUGAGAUGCUUUUGUCACGUCAUGCAUCUAGUCACGAACUGAAGGGGCUGGUGUGUGGUAGCACUUAUCAAAUUCAUUUGACGGCUCACAAUAAGGUGGGCACCUCACCUGCCAGCAUCACUUUGCAUGUGCGCACGCAAGGGCAAUCACCCGGAAUGCCGUCAACCACCAGCCUGAUUGCACCCAACUCUACUACAGUAUUGGUGCGUUUGCACACAUGGCCAGACAAUGGUUGUCCGAUGCUUUACUUCGUGCUGCAAUACCGGCCGGUGACCGAUGAGCCUGAGCGCGAUUGGAUAUUGGUAUCGAACGCUUUAAAACCGCAACGUCGUUUCACCAUUUCCGGACUACAGCCAUCGACUCUCUAUCAGCUGCGCAUGGAGGCACAUAAUGUGGCCGGUGUUUCGCAGGCCGAAUUCACAUUUGUCACUCUCACCAAGGAUGGAGAGCAGCCACCGCCGGAGAUAGUGCAGCGCGGUCAACGUGGCACCAACGUUUUCUAUGGAAAUGUGAAUCUAUUGAUACCGAGCAUUGCCACAUUGUCGGGCAUGAUUUGCACAAUAGCGCUGGUGGUCAUGUGCUAUCGACAUAAACAAGGAAAUCGUAUACAAAAGGAAUCGCUGGAGAAUCGUCAGAACUCGGAGGCAGCGCAGCGGGAACGUUAUUAUGCCACCAUUCACAAAGUGUCGAUGCAGAAUAACGACAAAAUUCCUGAGACAUCCGAGGAUAUUUCACCGUAUGCCACAUUUCAAUUAUCCGAGACGGGAAACAUGUCACAGCCACAUCAUGCCGGCCCAGCUAAUACGCUUUUGCAUUCCUUUAUGUAUCACGAGCGUGCCUUGACCGAGGGUUGCUCGUCACCACCACCCGCAGCGGUAUUAAAACCAACCCAACACCAAAAUCACCACCAUCACCUGAAUUAUCAUUACAACCACAAUCAACGUCCAACUAAGACAAACUAUAAUCAUUAUCAGACCUCGCCAUUUCAUAAUAUCUCUUCGAAGAAUCGUCGCCGCCAUUCGCGGAAAACUGAGCCAGAGAGUGAGGAGUCCGAAUCGGAUCAGGAUCAAUUGACGUCAAGUCGUACGGAGUCAUCCAAUCAGCAUGAGGGAAAAAUAAAGCAUA